UGUAAACAAAACAAAAGAAGCGAUUCGUUUGGAAAUCGCUUUUCGGAAGAUAAUGCCGCCAUAUCAGCGAUGCGGCGAUAUCGUCUGGGUGCUCAAGCGGCAGACGCGCACCUUCGCCUUCCAGUGCAUCUACUGCCAGGACAGCAGGACGGGCACAUUCAAGGAUUUCAAGCGGCACCUGGAGUCGCAGCACCCGGAGUUGUUCCACGAUGACCAAGUGCAGGACAUUAAGCCCGUUUUACGGCAUGGAACGCGCAAUCUGCGCAGUGGAGCAGCUGCCGGAGAUCAGGAGGCAGUGGUGAUCACGCCCAAGGAGGAGGAGGAUUUGUUCCAUCAUGACGAAGUGGAGGACAUUAAGCCACUUUUGCGCAGCGGAAAUCAGGAGGCUGUGAUCACACCCAAGGAGGAGCAGGAGGAGGAGGAGGAUCCCCUGGACACACGGGAGGAUUUCUUGCCGGCGGAGCAGCAGAAUGAUCAGGAUUUCCAGGAGGAGGAGGAGUGGCCGGAAAGCGAUAACCAGAGCUUCACAUCCGAGCAGUCAACCGCUGCUCCCGCUGCAAACACUCCGCCCUUCUGGCUGCUGGAGCAGCACCCCAUCAUGAUGGCCUUUAUUGACCAACUGGAGCAGCAGCCGCUGCUGUGGGACCCCGGAAUGCUGAGCUACCGCAACUACAGGCAUCGCAGCAAGGCGUGCGACAAGAUCGCCGCUGGCCUGAAUAACCAAUUUGGACUGGAACUGGCAAGCCAGGAGAUAGCCAGUUAUGUCAAGCAGCUAAGGGAGACGUAUUGCAAGGAGAAUCUACGUCUGGAGGGCAGUGGAGCCACCCCGAAGUGGUUUUACGAGCGGCUUGCAUUCUUAGCGAAGAGCCUGCCGCGUCCAAGGACUCAAACUAUGCGGGUAAAAGGCGCCGAGCUGCUGGCCGUGCCCCAUUUGAAUCAUGCCCAGAACCUGCAGCUCAUCGAGCUGUACCGCCAGUGCCACGCCCACUGGGACAUGCUGGACAUCGCCUGUCGCGUCCCUCAAGUGCGUCAGGCGGCGCGGGAUCGCCUGCUCGAGUUGUGCCGCUCGGAAAUGCAGAUUACACUGGAACCCUCGCAGCUGCAGCGCUACAUUCGCCAGCUGCGCAACGUUUACCACCAGGAGAAGGUGCGUCGCCUGAAGAGCGAGCAGCAGGGCAAGCGAUUUAAGUCCCGCUCGCGAUACUACGAGAAGCUGUCGUUUUUGGAGCAGCACAUGCCGCCCUUUCGCUGCGAUUUGUGCAGCGAGCAGGUGAACAGCGUCGAUGGGUUUAGGAUGCAUCGGGCCAAACACGAUGAUAGGCUGCCAUUUGAGUGCCCCACCUGCGGCAAGGGCUUCUCCAAGGUGGCCAAUGUCACCACCCAUUUGCGACGGCAUACGCAGGACUAUCAUUUGAGCUGCGAGGAGUGCGGCAAGCGGUUCGCCACCAGCACUGAUCUGGUGGUCCACCGGCGUUCGCAUACCGGCGAACGACCCUACUGUUGUCACAUCUGCGGAAGCCGCUUCAGCACCGUCUCCUUCUUCAAGCGCCACAAGCGGCGGCACGAACAGCAGAUAGUGGCCAAGUGCCACAUCUGCGGCAAGGGCUUCUUCGAACGCAGCACCCUGCGGGAUCACAUCAAGGGCCAUCUGAAUGUGCGCGACAAGGAGUGCGAUGUGUGCCACAAGCGGUUCACCAGCGCCAAGUACCUGAAUCGGCACAAGGAGAUCCAUGCGGAGCACAAGAAGUACUCGUGCAAGAUCUGCGGCAAGGGAUUCGCCCAGUACGCUGGAGUCAGGGGACACAUGAAGUCGCACGAGAGAAUGAAGAGGAAGGGUGAAGAGCAGGUCGAGCUGGAGGUGCAUCAAAUGAUGAUGGGUGCUGAUGGGAAGUAGGUUUAUCUAUAUUUGGAAUAGGAAGUUCCCUUUUUAUAGCAAUAAUUUGAA